CUUUAACCCUUCACCCUCAGCCACGGAGCGUUCGUGAAACACGUGGAUGUUCACGCAGAAACAACAACAUGGCAAGCCAGGGGCUAACUUACGAGGGAUGUAAUUUUUUUAGACAAAGAUUGAUUUUAUCGACUCUAAGUGGGAAGCGGGUGAAAAUACGAAAUAUAAGAUCCAAAGAUGACAAUCCAGGGUUGCGCGAUUUUGAAGCGAGUUUCAUAAGACUAUUGGACAAGAUAACCAAUGGCUCCCGAAUCGAAAUAAACCAAACAGGUACCGUCCUGUUCUAUCAGCCUGGUCUGCUGUAUGGAGGCUCAGUGGAGCAUGAGUGCAACACACAGCGCUCAGUGGGCUACUACCUGGAGCCACUGAUCAUGCUCGCCCCCUUCAUGAAGAACGCACUCCGGGCUGUGCUGAAGGGGGUGACCAAUGACCAGAAAGACUCAUCUGUUGAUCUCCUCAAAUUAACUGCCGUUCCACUUAUGAAGAAGUUUGGGAUUGAUGGAGAGGGUCUGGAAAUAAAGGUGACUAAGAGGGGUAUGGCCCCGGGUGGUGGAGGAGAAGUUCUUUUUACCUGUCCGGUCAAGCGCACCAUCCGACCCGUUCAGUUAUCUGACCCAGGCAAGAUUAAGAGAAUUCGGGGAACAGCAUACUCUGUCAGAGUCUCUCCACAGAUGGCCAACAGGAUUGUGGACUCUGCCAGAAGCAUCUUGAACAAGUUCAUUCCAGACAUUUACAUUUACACGGACCAUAUGAAGGGGGCUAACUCGGGAAAGUCUCCAGGCUUUGGUCUUACUCUGGUUGCUGAGACUCUGAAUGGGACCUUUCUGGCGGCAGAGAUGGUGUCUCCACCACAAGGGCAAGAGCCCACGCUGCCCGAGGACCUGGGGAAGGCCUGUGCCAAGCGGCUCCUGGAGGAAGUCUAUCGAGGUGGCUGCGUGGAUUCAAACAACCAGAGCCUGGCGCUUCUCUACAUGACGCUGGGCCAGCAGGACGUGUCCAAAAUACUGCUGGGCCCCCUCUCCCCCUACACGAUAGAGUUCCUGAGGCACGUCAGAGAUUUCUUCCAGAUCAUGUUCAAAAUUGAGACCCAGAGUCCGGACGAGGAGGAGAGUAAAGGAGGGGAGAAGGUGCUAAUGACCUGCGUUGGAGCUGGCUACACUAAUAUUAGCAAGACCAUCAAAUAAGCGCAAAGGUUUUCAUCCGGUUGAACUGUAACAGAACUUUGGGCACAAUAUGGGACGUGUCAUCUUUUUUGCUUAAUAUUUAUAUUGAGUAUCGUCUUUGUAUAAAAAGUCAUCAACUUUUUAAGUGUUUUUUCGUUGACAUGAAAUACACAUCUUUUUAUAUACAUA